AUGAGGUCCUACUUUUCACUUGGCCAGGCACUUUACAUCACCCUUUGCCUCAAGGUCUUUCAGCCUUCGGCGGCUGUGCGGCCCGAGUACGGCUACCGCCCUGCUCGGCGGAGUCACGUCGCCGUCGCUGCGCCUGAUGACACGGACGCGGAGGAUGCGGCCAAUCGUUCCUUGUUCCAGGAGCUGCCAGCGAAGCUGCAACCCGUCCUGGGGCGACGCUUGCCGCUGUGGCAAGUGGAGGCCGCGGUCAUUGGCAUCAUAGUAGUGGUCAUGCUGCUGGUUCUGUUCUUUCUGCUGAAAGGCAAGCAAGCACCGGCGCAGUCCUACACUUUGCCAGCACCAUCCGCAGGGGAUCAAGAAGCAGGUCGGCACCGGGACUGGGACUGGGUCUGA